CGUUGGGUCCCCCUUUGGCUCGGGUUCCCUGCCCCUCCCCCUUUCCGGAGCCCCGAGGGGCCGGAGCUCCUAGCGGUGCCGGAUCCUGACGGCGGCCUUCCCCUGGGUCUGUCUGCCAAAAUGUCUGAAAGAUCAGAUCUCCUUCACUUCAAGUUUGAAAAUUAUGGAGAUUCAAUGUUACAAAAAAUGAACAAAUUAAGAGAAGAGAAUAAAUUUUGUGAUGUUACAGUUCUCAUAGAUGAUAUUGAGGUACAGGGGCAUAAAAUUGUGUUUGCCGCAGGUUCCCCCUUCCUAAGAGACCAGUUUUUACUGAAUGAUUCCAGAGAGGUGAAAAUCUCCAUAUUACAGAGUUCCGAAGUGGGCAGACAACUGCUCUUAUCCUGUUAUAGUGGUGUGCUGGAAUUUCCUGAGAUGGAACUGGUAAAUUACUUGACUGCUGCGAGUUUUCUUCAGAUGAGCCACAUUGUAGAACGGUGCACACAGGCCCUGUGGAAGUUUAUAAAGCCAAAACAAGCAAUGGAUAGUAAAGAGGGAUGUGAACCGCAGAGUGCUUCUCCCCAGUCAAAAGAACAGCAGGGAGAUGCCAGAGGCUCCCCAAAGCAGAACUCACCUUGUAUUCAUCCAUCUGAAGACAGUAUGGAUAUGGAGGACAGUGAUAUUCAGAUUGUUAAGGUAGAAUCUAUUGGGGAUGUAUCAGAGGUUAGAAGUAAAAAAGAUCAGAACCAGUUUAUUUCUUCUGAACCCACUGCUUUACAUUCAUCAGAGCCCCAGCACUCCCUGAUAAAUUCAACUGUGGAAAACAGAGUAAGUGAAAUAGAACAGAACCAUCUCCACAAUUAUGCCCUCUCUUACACAGGCAGUGAUAACAUCAUCAUGGCCUCAAAAGAUGUCUUUGGGCCUAAUAUUCGAGGUGUAGACAAAGGCCUACAGUGGCAUCAUCAAUGCCCAAAGUGUACCAGGGUGUUUCGUCACCUGGAGAACUACGCCAACCAUUUAAAAAUGCACAAACUCUUUAUGUGUCUACUCUGCGGCAAGACUUUUACUCAGAAAGGCAACCUUCAUCGACACAUGCGUGUGCAUGCCGGCAUUAAACCUUUCCAGUGUAAGAUCUGUGGGAAAACCUUUUCUCAGAAGUGUUCCUUACAGGAUCAUCUUAACCUUCACAGUGGAGAUAAGCCCCAUAAGUGUAACUAUUGUGACAUGGUUUUUGCACAUAAGCCAGUUUUGAGGAAACACCUUAAACAGCUGCAUGGCAAAAACAGCUUUGAUAAUGCCAAUGAAAGAAAUGUGCAAGACCUCACAGUGGAUUUUGAUUCUUUUGCAUGUACAACAGUCACAGACUCUAAAGGGUGUCAGCCACAGCCUGAUGCAACACAGGUCCUGGAUGCAGGUAAACUGGCCCAAGCUGUCCUGAACUUGAGGAAUGAUAGUACUUGUGUGAAUUGAGUAGGGGCUUUAUGCUCGUAACUAGAACUGACUGAAAACGUGGCAAUAGUCCGAGUCUUUUUAGGAGUGAUAUUGCUAGUUUGACUUCUCCAAAGCCUCUGUACAGGUUGUAGGGGUGAAUCAAAGCACUAACAGACCAGGCAGCUUAACCACUUGGAGUGGUCUUGCCUGCCUUUUGCCCUUUCCCAUUUUCUGUUUUGAAUUAUCUUGUGACAUCUGUUAUCCUUUCCAAGGAGUAGUCCAUUUGUCUACCUAACACUGACUUAUGUUUUAGACUGACACCAUUUUAGGCUUUUCACUGGACACAUUCUGAAGGUACCAACAAGUAUAGGUACCAUCGCCUAUACUCCACUAAUAGAUGCUAUGCCAAGAAAUGAUAUUUUUCUUUGGCAGAAAAUAGGCUGGGAUCUAAGGUGAUGUUAGUAUUGGCCUGAAUAUGUGAUAGAACUUCUGGUUGCCUAUUGAUAAUUCAUCUGUGUAUGACGAAUGAAUGAAUCUGCUUUCUACCAUUUGUACUUUUCUUGAAGCUCGCUAUAAAAAAAUAUUUUUGGUUGUUCUAUACUCUGAUUUUCAACAGUAUUAUGGCCCAACUUCAUGUCAUUGAAUUGUUCACAAAAACCAUAUUUGUACAAUCUUAAGCAAUACCGGCAGACAUAGGUAGGAAUCACCAUGAGGAGCGUAAUCAAGAAGGACAGAAGUACAGUAAUAGUACAACAGUUAUGUACAUGGGGGGCGGUCUUCCCAAAAAGAAGCUUACAAUUAAUAUGUAAUUUAUUUGUUGAUGCUUUUGAAGUCAAGAUGGCUCCAGGCAUACUUAUAAUGGUCUCUCUAAAACAGCGCUAUUUGGGAGUCGGUCUCCAGAUUCUGUUUUAGAGGUUAACCAUCAGAAAGGUGUUUAGCCUUCGGAGUUUGUCCAGUGUGCAAACGGUCUUUGAAUUCACAUUUUCCCACGUACCUUAAUUUCUAAAAUAGAUGAAAAAAGUGAAGCACGGAAAGGGCAAUCAGGUUUUUUGCAUUCAGAUAUCCCUAUAAAGGUACACAGUCUCACCUUGCCAUGUUAGAUGGCAGAUUCAUAGUUGUUCUUCCAAUAUGGAAAACAGAACAACUGUUUUUCCUAAAGCACAUAGUAUAGUUCAGAAAUAGAAACUUGAGUUGUAUUAGUUUCUCACCCAUGAGGUAGACGUAGGUAAUAGAAGUAUUAGAGCCCUUAGAGAAUCUUAAGAAACCAUUUACUCCACCUCUUUUUUUUUUUUUUUUUAAUUGGGGUAUCCAAAGCCCAAAGAGGUGGCCUGGCCAAGGCUGGCCAAAGUAGAUAAAUAACUAAACAUGAGCUGUUGUUGCCUCAUCUCUUCUAUCUCUUGGCUUGAAAAGAUUUAGUACAUGAUCAAGAAUACAUUCGCAACAAGCUCACCUUUGUGAAUCCCUGUUGGCUUUCUGAGACAGCUUGGAUUUUGCAAACAAAAUAUCAAAUAUCACAGGAUUUACUUUUGUUAAUUAUAUUUUGGUUAGAAUGAAUAUUACAUUCUUCCCAAGCAAGUGACUGAUUCGUUGGGUAUUGGUUAGGGAGGGAAAGGACAAGUCAGAAUAAAUGAAAAGGAUCCAAAUGUGAAACUGAUUUUGUCUGGAAACUAUUUGGUUUCCAUCAGGAUUUUCUGUUUUUAUUUUUGAACUGUGAGAGUGCAUGUACAGAUAAACAAAAAAUUAGCUUUGAGUAGUCAGAGGGAAUUCUUAAAAUUGUUAUAAUUUGAUGCAUUUACAUAUUAAUCUGAUUUGAGGUAUAAUUUAUACCUUUUGUUAAAAUACUUAAAAUGAGAAUAAAACUGAUAAGACUAG